AUGCAGAGAACGCCAGAAUCAACCCUUACCGGCAGUACUACUAGAAGUAUCCGCAGCGCUCUGCUCGCUGGAAAAAAUACCGCACUGAAGCGGCAGAGUACAUCUCGGCUGGACUCCCGCACAGCGGAAAUCGAUGACUCCCACGACACAAAUACUCCCGACGGAAGUGCCCUACAAUCACUGCAAUCUCCUCUAGACCUUCAGCCAGAACCAUCUACAGAGUCCGCGGAAAACGAGACAAGUCCAGCAAUCAGUAUCGACCCAUGGUUCGACAGUCUGAAUGUCUUCAGAAGCCCUGUCCUCAUCGGCGAGGCUGCCGAUGCCGCUUUUGCGACUAGAUUUCGCCAGGUCAUCACGGACCCGUUAGCUCCCGAGCCUAUCCACCUCAUACGACUGAAUUAUGCCUCCAACGAGUCCAUGAUGUCGCUGGCUCAGGUCAACACACCAUGGCCUGGGCCUUCUCGCGCUAAGUUUCUGCUUGAGGCUGCCAUGAAGUACAUUGGGCGUUCAUAUCACAUAGUGGAAACACAAGCAAUUACAGAAAGUUGGAAGCAGAACAAUCAUGACGCGAGCUUGGAAGCGAUAGUCCUUCGUUGUAGAACUUGGGCCUUGUUUGCUAUCGGGGAGCUCUACAUCUCCAAAUCCACCGGUGUCCACGGUUUCCCUGGAAUGGCAUACUUUGCGCAAGCAUCCAAGGCUUUAGGAUACCUUGAAGAGCGCCCCGAAGUCGAAACCGUUGAGCUUUAUCUUCUUUUGUCUUUCUACUCCAUGGCCCUAAACCGACGAUAUAGUGCGUACGUUUUUGCGGGCACUGCCGUCCGUGUCGCUAUUGUCAUAGGCCUACACCUCAACAUCCCGGAGUCUCAAUUGCCAGACCCCUUGGUUCGCCGACAUCGAAAAAGCCUCUUCUGGACUGCAUAUAUCAUAGACCGACUCUAUGCUGCGAAACUAAAUCACCCGCCGGCAAUUCAAGAUGAUGACAUUGGUGUUGACCUGCCUUGCGAGCCAUCUACUUCGAGCUCGACCGAUAGCCAUGGUGACUCUGAUUAUUAUGUUGCUGAUAUCAGACUAGCUGGUCUACUUACUUCCAUUAUUCGGUCUGUCUACAGCGUCCGAACGCAAGCUGAAGGUACAUGCGCAAACCUCUCAAGCCGCGUACAAGGCUGCCUCAAAGAUCUACAAUCCUGGUUUGAAAUCUUACCUCGGCCGUUACAGAUAGGAGACAAGUCUCUGAACGAGCCUCAUGAUCAUAAAAUUGUCUCUCUCCAUCUUCGUUUCUAUCAGGUUAGCCAUCAUGAUCAAUCAGGUAUCCUCUACAGUACCUUCAAGAAGCUGAUCUUCACUAGUAUUGCCAGCUCGCGUCCUGGUUCGUCUCCCGCAACAUCCAGUAUCCCUGCCGAAGCGACAGCACUGUCAAAGGCAUGCAUACGAUGCGCUCAUCAGUCUACAAGACUACUCACGCGAGCGUGGAUCGACGGAACCUUUGUGACUUUCGAUUGCUUCUUCACACAACACCUCUUCUCGUCGUUGACGAUCCUCGCCAUUUCGAGUCUCUUGGAUGGGAUAGGCAGUCGUCUUGAUCGGGAUGUCUACGAGGAGGCAUCUCAUCUUCUCGACCAACUAAAGAUGGCUGGAAACGUGGUGGCACAGGAUUAUAGUCGCCAUGUUGAAGUAAUGGAGUCAACGAUGUUGUCGAACCUAAAAGCACAUACCCAAUCCCUCCCAGAUGGAGCAGCGAAUUCUUGCGACGAUACUCUCGCCCAGGAAAUUGAUCGAAACUUAGCUGAUGGGGUAGUCCCAGCAGCAGGUGUACCUUGGCCAGAGCCGUCGUUGCAAGAGCUGCUAUCCCAACCAGUGAUAGAUGUUCACUUUUUGGAGGCUGCUGUUCGAGGAGAGCACUCGCAAGGAAUUCAUUGGCCAGAUGUGUUUGUAGAUAGAUGUAAAGUCAACGUCGGCUACUUUUCGCAAGCCACCAAAUGCGGUUUCCACCGCCAGAAGGCCGCUCACUGCACCCAACCCAAACUUACCUCAACAACCGAAUGUCGACCUGUGCUUCGAUUAAUGCCAUUGGGGGGCUCAGUCACAUACGGCGUCGGCUCUUCUGAUCAAAACGGGUAUCGGAAGAAACUCUCUGAGUCACUGCACGGCUGCGGCUACAAUGUCUGCAUGGUUGGAUCCCGUAGAUCCGGCAACCAUUUUAACAACGAACAUGAAGGCUGGCGGGGGUAUAGGAUCGACCAAAUCGAGGCCAGGGCGAAGCUAUCAGCAGCGAAGUUGUUGCCGCAUGUCUUCACUGUGAACGCCGGAUCCAACGAUUGUUUACAAGGAUACAAGUUGACAGAAGCACGAUACCGCCUUGUUCACCUCUUGGACACCCUCUGGGUUGCCUCGCCUGGCUCAACCAUUAUUCUCUCAAGCCUACUGGUCAACCAGAACGAGGUCGUACAGCAGCGGGUUGAGGAAUUUAACAUUGAGGCGGAGAGACUAGCACGCCAAUUGACUCUUAAAGGCAGGAAAAUUGUGUUCGUCGACUUGCAAAGGAACGACGGGCCCGCCAUGGAAGAUUUGGUGGCGGAUGGGACACAUCCGAACGAUACUGGAUAUGAAAAAAUAGCCCGGAAAUGGCUAGGGGGCUUUCGGGUGGCUGUAAAAAGAGGCUUCUUGCCCCCCGCCCGCAAGUCCCAGAUCAGCUGA